CCCCGCUCCCGCGGUCGUCACCGCCACCGUCCCCGCAGCCAUGCAGGUGUCCUUCGCCUGCACCGACCACGGCCUGAAGGCCCCGCGCAACGGCGAGCACAGCAAGCAGAACGCCACCAGCCCCGGCACUACCAGCCACGCACGGGCGCGCUUCCGCACCGUGGCGCUGAUCGCCCGGAGCCUGGGCUCCUUCACGCACCGCUACCACCACAACCUGAAGGAGUCCACCACCAAGCAGACCGGCAUGAAGUACAGGAACCUGGGGAAAUCUGGCCUGCGUGUUUCCUGCCUGGGCCUGGGCACCUGGGUGACGUUUGGUGGGCAGAUCUCAGACGAGGUGGCUGAGCAGCUGAUGACCAUCGCAUACGAGAGCGGCGUCAACCUGUUUGACACCGCCGAGGUCUACGCCGGCGGCAGGGCGGAGAUAAUCCUGGGAAACAUCAUAAAGAAAAAGUGCUGGAGGAGAUCCAGCCUGGUGAUCACCACCAAGCUCUACUGGGGAGGGAAGGCCGAGACAGAGAGGGGGCUCAACAGAAAGCACAUCAUUGAAGGACUGAGGGGCAGCCUCCAGAGGAUGCAGCUGGACUACGUGGACGUGGUGUUCGCCAACCGGCCGGACACCAACACUCCCAUGGAGGAGAUCGUGAGGGCCAUGACGCAUGUAAUCAACCAGGGCAUGUCCAUGUACUGGGGCACAUCACGCUGGUCUGCCAUGGAAAUCAUGGAGGCGUACUCUGUAGCCCGGCAGUUCAACCUCAUCCCUCCAGUGUGUGAGCAGGCCGAGUAUCACUUCUUCCAGCGGGAAAAGGUGGAGACUCAGCUCCCAGAGCUCUAUCACAAGAUUGGUGUGGGUGUGGUCUCGUGGUCUCCAUUGGCCUGUGGGAUCAUCACAGGGAAGUAUGACAACGGCAUCCCAGAAACGUCCAGAGCCUCUAUGAAGCCAUACCAGUGGCUGCGUGAGAAGAUAACGAGCGAGGAUGGGAGGAAGCAGCAGGCCAAACUGAAGGAGCUGACUCACAUCGCUGAGAAGCUCGGCUGCACCCUGCCACAGCUAGCCAUAGCCUGGUGUCUGAGAAAUGAGGGUGUGAGCUCAGUGCUGCUGGGCUCCUCCAACCCCGUCCAGCUAACAGAGAACCUGGGGGCCAUUCAGGUGAUUCCGAAGAUGACAACAGGAAUUGCCUCUGAAGUGGAUAAUUUACUUGGCAACCGUCCCCACAGUAAGAAGGAUUACAACCCUUAGGAUUCCUCUCCAGAACUGUUUCUGAAUAUAGCCAAUCAAAGCUCACCUCUCAUAGCCAUGGCACAUACAUAUGUGCCCAUAUGUGUGUGUGUGUGUGUGUGUGUUUGUAUGUAUAUAUGGAUGUAUGCGUGGGUGUGUAUUUAUGUGUGAAUGUGUGUUUGUAUUUAUGUGUGUGUGUGUGUGUGUGUGUGUGUGUGUGUGUGUGUGUGUGUGUGUGUGUGUGUGUGUGUGUGUGUGUGUGUGUGGGUGUGUGUGUGUGUGUUUGGGUGUGUGUCUAUUUUACUGAAUGUAUGCGUGUGUUUGUGCGUGUAUGUGUGUCUGUGUGUAUGUCAGUGUGUGUUUGUGUGUCGGUGCGUGUGCAUGCAUGUGCCCGUGUAUGUGUGACUGUGCAGCGAAUAUUGUGCUUCACUAAUGUCGCCCCCUCCAUAUGAACCAGUAACUAUUAUUGAUUAUUGUAAAUUUAACUCCUUGAUAAAGCAUGCAUGCUUUAGCUACACCAGCUGGCCAGUAGAUCCAGUUACUGCCAACUGGCCUGUACAUCUUAGUAAACUGACCUAAAAACUGCUUAAAAAAAAAAAAAAAAACGAUAUUACAGCCCUAACAUCAGCGCCAACAACAGUAGAAGCUUCUAAUCCAAAACAUACUUUACAGGAAAACUCUUUAAACCGAAAACUUUUCACUCAGCUUGUCAGAAAAAAUAAAUGCAUGGAAGCAUAUCUGCCUGGAGCGACGUUUCUAUGUCAUUUAAAUAAAAUACAACUGUGAGAGCAACUGCAUCCCAUGAACUGGUGUUAAAGAACGGACGGAUCUAUAAUGAACAGAACAUGUGUUCCAGACUGCCCGCGAUGUACAUGACAAGUUGUUUACUCUGUUGGUGUUGCGUAUGAAGACUGUGAUAAAGUAUAGUGCCUGGCCAAAAGAGACCGGAUCACACAUGCCAAACUGACAACUGCUUGCGACCGCAGUAGGCUGGUUGAAAAUAAGGUGUUUUAUAAUGAAAUGUUUUAGUACAUGAUAGACGGUUCCUUAUAGUUCACAUUAAUUACAACACUAAAUGAGCUAAGUUUCAUUGAAAAUAUCUGUAUAGACUGUUAUAUCUAUUUUCCUUCAUAAGCAGCUGUGUCAGAACAUGUUUUUAUCUCCAUGUGUUUCAGUAAUUACUUUUUUAAUGUAUGAUUAUUGUAUAUUUCUUAACCCUCUGCAGUAGUGAAAUUACAAUUUAAACCCAGUCGGAUUUUGGGUGGAUGAUAACAAUGUCAGACUUUUUUUUUUUGUCUGUUUUGUUGAUAUAUGAUGAGGAAAGUUAAUGGAAAAUGGGAAGUUAAGGGAAAAUCCAGACACAUUAACAUCCACUGAAUACAACGUCAACCACCUGCACCCAUUGCACCAGGAACUUUCCAUCAUCUCCCUGAAGCCUGUUUAGCUAUGGCAAUGAUGUUUGUUCAAUUUAAGCUUCCGGUCUAAUAAAAUGUGAAUUAUCGGUGUUUGUUGUUGCAUUUG